CGGGGAUGUAGAGGCGGCAGCAGAGGCGGCGGCGGCGAGAGCAGGCGCCCGAGCCGAGAGAGAAGAGCGGCCGAACCCUGUUCCCCGAAGCCGGGCCCCGCGUCCCAGCCCUGCCCAGCCCCGCGCCUAGCCAUGCGCGCAGCCUGCUGAGUCCGGGCGCCUCACGCUGCGCCCUCCGCCAGCCGCUCAGCGCUACGCUCGGGGGUGAUUAGUUGCUUUUUGUUGUUUUUUAAUUUGGGCCGCGGGGAGGGGGAGGAGGGGCAGGUGCUGCAGGCUCCCCCCCCCUCCCCGCCUCCGGCCAGCCGCGGCGGCGUGACUCCGGCUCCGGACCCGGGCACGGCGGACGGCGCGGCUGGAGCGGAGCGCACCGCGGCGGCGGUGCCCAGAGCGGAGCGCAGCUCUCCGCCCCGCCCCUCCCCCUCGGCCUCGCGGCGGCGGCGGCGACAGUGGCGGCUUGGACGACUCUGAGAGCCGGGCCCGGUGCGCGGCCGGGGCCGGAGUUCGCUGCAAGUCUGCGGAAAGUUUGGCGGCGCGGGCUCCCCCGAAGUUCAGAACGAAGACAAUUCCACGUGGACACCUGACCAUGUACCUGCGCUGAGCAGCAAAGCCCGCCAGGCAUCUCUGUGGUGGGCGGCCGGACCCAGUGCUCAUCUGUGGACCCCCUGCGGCCGGCAGGCUCCCCCAGCAGCGGGCUCUGGGCCUCGGCCCCACCAUGUCGAGCCUCGGCAGUGGCCCCCAGGACACCGGCGGCAGCAGCAGCAGCAACACCAAUGGCAGCGGUGGCAGCGGCCCAAAGGCGGGAGUGGCAGACAAGAGCGCAGCCGUGGCCACGGCUGCGCCAGCCUCGGCGGCGGAUGACGCACCACCCCCCGAGCGCCGGAACAAGAGCGGCAUCAUCAGUGAACCCCUCAACAAGAGCCUGCGCCGCUCUCGCCCUCUCUCCCACUACUCUUCCUUUGGGGGCAGCGGUGGCAGUGGCGGUGGCAGCAUGAUGGGCGGGGAGUCUGCCGAAAAGGCUGCCGCGGCCGCAGCCGCCGCCUCCCUGUUGGCCAAUGGGCACGACCUGGCAGCGGCCAUGGCUGUGGACAAAAGCAACCCUACCUCAAAGCACAAAAGUGGUGCUGUGGCCAGCCUGCUGAGCAAGGCAGAGCGGGCCACGGAGCUGGCAGCCGAGGGACAGCUGACGCUGCAGCAGUUCGCGCAGUCCACGGAGAUGCUGAAGCGCGUGGUGCAGGAGCACCUACCGCUGAUGAGCGAGGCGGGCGCCGGCCUGCCCGACAUGGAGGCCGUGGCGGGCACCGAAGCCCUCAAUGGCCAGUCCGACUUCCCCUACCUGGGCGCCUUCCCCAUCAACCCGGGCCUCUUCAUCAUGACCCCGGCGGGCGUGUUCCUGGCUGAGAGUGCGCUGCACAUGGCCGGCCUGGCCGAGUACCCCAUGCAGGGAGAGCUGGCCUCCGCCAUCAGCUCGGGCAAGAAGAAGCGGAAACGCUGCGGCAUGUGUGCGCCCUGCCGGCGGCGCAUCAACUGCGAGCAGUGCAGCAGUUGUAGGAACCGAAAGACUGGCCAUCAGAUUUGCAAAUUCAGAAAAUGUGAGGAACUCAAAAAGAAGCCUUCCGCUGCUUUGGAGAAGGUGAUGCUUCCGACGGGAGCCGCCUUCCGGUGGUUUCAGUGACGGCGGCGGGAACCCAAAGCUGCCCUCUCCGUGCAAUGUCACUGCUCGUGUGGUCUCCGGCAAGGGAUUCGGGCGAAGACAAACGGAUGCACCCGUCUUUAGAACCAAAAAUAUUCUCUCACAGAUUUCAUUCCUGUUUUUAUAUAUAUAUUUUUUGUUGUCGUUUUAACAUCUCCACGUCCCUAGUAUAAAAAGAAAAAGAAAAAAGAAAAAAAAUUUAACUGCUUUUUCGGAAGAACAACAACAACAAAAAGAGGUAAAGACGAAUCUAUAAAGUACCAAGACUUCCUGGGCAAAGAAUGGACAAUCAGUUUCCUUCCUGUGUCGAUGUCGAUGUUGUCUGUGCAGGAGAUGCAGUUUUUGUGUAGAGAAUGUAAAUUUUCUGUAACCUUUUGAAAUCUAGUUACUAAUAAGCACUACUGUAAUUUAGCACAGUUUAACUCCACCCUCAUUUAAACUUCCUUUGAUUCUUUCCGACCAUGAAAUAGUGCAUAGUUUGCCUGGAGAAUCCACUCACGUUUAUAAAGAGAAUGUUGAUGGCGCCGUGUCGAAGCCCCUCUGUAUCCAUCCACUCGUGCGGAGCUGCCGCGAGGAGCUCACAGAGCGGGAGGGAGCAGCCCACCCCCCCCCCCCCCAGGCCCCGGCCAGCCACGCUGUACCCAUGAUCCCCAGAAUGGGACCUCCCCCCACCAACAGUGGUGAUUUUGCAGAAACAAAAGUUCUGUUCGUUUAUCCAUUGAGGUCUGGGGAGCCCAGGUCUCAAUAUUUCCAAUCCUGGCUACGUCCCUUAGAGAAAAUAAGUCCUUUUUUUCCUGGCCUCGCUGAUGGCAACAGAAGAAAGGGCUUCUGUGCGUGGCUCCCUUGCCGGUGGGGGGGGGGUGCCCAGGGGCCCCCUGUGGCCUGGGCCCCCUUGCCCAUGGCCAGCUUCCUGCUGAUGAACAUGCUGUUUGUAUUGUUUUAGGAAACCAGGCUGUUUUGUGAAUAAAACGAAUGCAUGUUUGUGUCA